CGAUGUCCACCGCAACACCCGUCGACAAGCCCGCACCGCCAAAGCUCGACGUUGACGAAUAUCUAACCUCGGCGCUGAGCGCAACCCCCGCAGAGCUACACUCCUUCUUCACUGCGUUUCAGGAUCUGCAUUCCCGAAAGCUAUGGCACCAGCUGUCGAUAAAACUUGGUGAAUUUUUUGACCACCCGGCGUCAAGGCCAUAUCGUGUGGAUGUGUUCGAUCGCUUCGUACGAGACUUUGAGAUCAAGCUGAACCAGCUGAGGCUCGUCGAGAUGGGUGUCAAGGUUGCGAGGGAGAUCGACAACCCGAACGACCACCUGACAUUCCUCAAGUCUCUACUGGAACGUGUACCUGCCGACACAGCACCCGACGCCCAUGUCCUCCUGCUCUCGAACGUCGCACACACCAAACUUUCAUAUGGCGAUCUCGAAGGCACGAAGACAGAUAUGGACGCUGCGCUCAAAAUUCUUGACGGGCUGCCCUCCGUCGAGAAUCGCGUCCGGGCAGACUACUACAAGGUCGCCGCGGACUACUACAAGGGCAAGGCCGAAUACGCGCCCUAUUACCGCAACUCAUUGCUGUACCUCGCGUGCAUCGACCUCGCGGAUAUUGAGUCCGAGGAGCGCGUCUUGCGCGCACAUGAUCUCAGCAUAUCCGCCCUCCUCGGAGACACGAUCUAUAACUUUGGUGAACUUCUUAUGCACCCGAUCCUCGAUUCCCUCAACAGCACGUCAUACGAAUGGCUUAAGAAGCUGCUCUUCACCUUCAAUGAGGGCAAUAUCGGCAAAUUCGAGGCUCUCGCGCCGUUGUUUCCCAAAGAGCCGAUCCUGCAGGAAAACUACGCCUUUCUGCGCCAGAAGAUCUGUCUCAUGGCGCUCAUCGAGUCCGUGUUCAAGCGGAACGCGUACGACCGUACGUUCUCCUUCGAGACCAUCGCGCAGGAGACGCGUCUUCCGCUCAACGAGGUUGAGCAUCUCGUCAUGAAGGGCCUCAGCUUGAAGCUUAUACGCGGCAGCCUCGACCAGGUCGACCAAACGGCGACGAUCACCUGGGUCCAGCCGCGCGUGCUCUCGCAAGAGCAGAUUGGCCAGCUUGCACAGCGCCUCGCAGUCUGGAACCAGAAGCUGCACAAGGUUGAGGAGCGCAUCGCGCCCCAAGUACCCUCGACUGUAUGAUAGCCGCCUGUCAUGUACUCUAAUUCCUGUAUUUUAUUCGCUUCGGCGCGGGCCUCUAAGCUCUUAGACACGCUGCGGCCUCACAGGCG